AUUGAUGUUCGGGAAAAGUUGCGCGCGCCUCGUACAUGUGGUCCAGACGCGCGUGAAGCUGAGCGUCGAAGCAAGUUGUGCGCAUAUCGCGCACCAGUCGAGUCCCGCAAUCCGUUCGGUAUGCGUCGAUUUGCAUAAGUUUGUUGUUGGCGAGCGAAGUCGAAUGUGUGAUGCACUAACGGUGGAAUCGGAUUAGUUUGAUGUGCUGUCGAGGGAUGUGACUAGUUUGGAAGGAUGUCGUCGCGGUUCAGUUUCGGUGGCUACACGACGCCAGUCAAGAGGGGCGGCUCCAACGCCACCACCCCUACCAGCCCUUUGCCCUUUUGUACGAGUCCGCAGGACCUACAAAAUGCCCUCAAAGAUGCAGAGAAAAACUCGGACAGAUCGAGCGUCAGCAGCAAAGCCACCGGCUUGGGCUCAGUCAAGGAGAUUGAAGAACUAAUCACAAACUUGAAAAAAGAGAAUUUCAAUCUCAAGCUGCGCAUCUACUUUUUGGAAGAGAAGCUCGGCGUCAAUUUUACACUUGACGAGGACAAUGCCAUUAAGAAAAAUAUUGAACUUAACGUGGAAAUAGCCAUUUUACAAAAGGAAUUGCAAGAAAAGCAUGACUUGCUUUGCCAGGCGGUCAAAGCGAUGGAGCUGGAAGAAGAGGAACACAAAAAGUUUUUGGAACAGAAAGAGGCACAGUUGACAAAAUACGAGCAACAAAUCGAAGAUUUACGUUCACAAUUAACAGAUACAAAUUCAUCACAGAGAUCAGAACAAACGAGCAUUCUGUUCAGUCGUGAGUUACUGUCAAAUUCAGAUAGUUUCAAGGAUUUGAAAGAAAGAUGCUUCGAACUCGAACAGGAGCUGGCCGUAGAAAAGGAAACCAACGCAUCGUUGCAGCUGUUGUUGGCUCAAAAGGAGGACCUCAAGGAGCGCGUCGAAACGUUAGAAAAGUUCAACGAGGAGAGCAACCAGUGCAGAAUAGAGUUGGAGGAGAAGCUGAAGAAGGCGGCCGAAGAACUCCAAAGCUUGACAAAGAAAGCGUCGAAAGCCGAACAGAUGGCCGACGAGUUCAAAAGCCAAGUCGACGACCUGAAGAAGAAGAUGUCGAGCCUAAAAUCGGAGGCGGAGAAAGAGCGAAAGCGCGCCGAACGUCACAAGACGCACGGCGAAGCCCGCACCGCCGAUCUCGAAUCGGAUAACGAGAAGCUGAAGCAGAAGCUGCAUGAGACCGUGCAGAAGUUGGAGGAGGCGCGCGCGGACGCCGCCCGCCAGCACCACCUCGCCGUACCUAGUCGCAAGUCGGAACGUCGCGGCGCCUCGCCCACUGAUCGCGACCGUGUUUCAGAUACGCGCCCAGAAUCACCUCGUCGAUCUGCGCAAGCGAAUGCACAGUCUCUACCACUGAGUCCGAGCGCCUCGAACAUCUCGUCGCCCGAACGUCUGGACGUUUCGCAGCUCGAGCAGCUGCUGCUGGGCGCCGGCGAGAGCGCGACCGUCCAUCAGAUCUUGGACGCCGUCGCCAGGCUCAAGGAGGAUUACGCGAGCCAGCGCAAGGUCAUCGUCAAGCUGAAGGGCGAACAGGUGAAGGCGUGCGAAAUCAUCAAGAAUCUCAUCGAGGCCAGGAAGAAGGACUCGGAGAAGAUCGCCACUCUGGAGCGGUACAAUCCGAAGAACGACAAGGAGAACGUCGACAACCUCAAAUUGAAGACCACCGAGCGCAAGGUCGAGCUCAGACUCUCGGCGUCCGGCUGCAAUGUGGAGAGUUCAAUGGCGGAUUCUCCCGGCGAAGAUCUUGCCGACCAUUACAAAGCUUUGUGCGACGAUUUGGAAACAAAAAUCGAUUUGUUGAAGGCUACACUGGAGGCAAAGGAUCAACAGCUCGACUACUUGCAAACAGAACUUAAAGGUGCUCGUCAAAUACUCGUCGAGAAAGACAACCAACUGGUGGAUCUCGAAUUCAAGCUCGUUUCAAACGAGAACGGCGACGCAAUCGCCGCGAAGGAACGCGAGAUCGAACGUCUCGAAACGGAAUUGAAAAAAUGCAACUGCUAUCUGCAAGAAAUCGUCAACAAGGAACUGUGGGAGAAGAACAGAGAGAUCGAAAAGAUGCACUCGAAACAAACCGGAGCGGCCGAAGUGGCCAAGCUCAAAAAGGAAUUGAAGGAGAAAAAUGCACAACUUAAAACACUAACCGAAAAGAUCGGCGAGUUGGAAUUGGACGGUGUCGGAGGCGGCGACACCAGAGGUAACGGCCCGGUCAGUAAAAGUGAUGUGAUCAUGCAAACCGAGGAUGUCGUUGACAAUCAAUUGCUCACGUACAAGCAAUUGUAUCAAGAGUCGUUGGAGAUCAGCUCGGCCCUCAGUCACAGACUACAGGAGUUGGCCGUGUUUCUGGACUCGUUGUUGAAGCAAAAAUCGGUACUCGGUUUUCUCGGCUCGUACAAGAACAAGCGCAUCAAGGAACUGAUCGACAACAGUUUGGAACUGUCCAAGUCGUUCGCCAUGUCGUUUAUGGGCAGUCCGGAGGAGAGUCUCGCCCAACUAACGAACAUCACAGCCUUGCUGAACGGUUCGGCGUUCGACGAUUUGAGUAUUAACCUCGACGACGAGUCGAUCAUCAGUAUCAACCCGGGCCAAGUUACCCUGACGUAUCAAAGCCACUUGUACAAACACGGUGCUUCGGAGGGACAAGAACAGGUCAUAAACGCUCUUCGAGAACAAAUCGCCAAUUUACAGUGCGAGCUCAAGUUGCGUGACAACGAGCUGAACAAAAUGUCCGUUCACAAUUCCGGCCCGCAAAGCUCCGACCACACGGACCAAGAACUCGAACCCGUCAAGCUGACAAAGUCGAAGCAAUUUUGCGAUAUCCAUUCCGAAUCCGAAGACUGGUCCGAGCCGGACAUGUUGGUGUCCAAGCAGAGGAUCGGACUGAACAACACCAUGCCGAAUUUGGUUUUCAAACGCGGCGACAUGUCCACGGACGAUUCGUUGAACGAUAACGUGGCGACGAGCAGGAAUAAUCGCACCUUGAGCGAUUUGUACCAACAGAACCAGAAAUUGCAGAUGAAAAACGGCGAAUUGGAGAAGUCGAAGAACGCAUUCGAAUCUGUCGUUCAUCAGCUACGACAGGAGAUCGACAAGUCGGAACAAUCACGUCUGCAAUACAUUCAAAAGAUUGCCGAAUUGACGGCCACGUUGGAUCAAGUCAGGCACACUAAACAACAACUGAUGGAAAGUACGCAGAAAAAGGAUAAGGACACUUUGAACACCAUAAACGAGCUGGAACUUGAAAAGCAGAGUUUGAAAAAAGCGGCCGCGACAUUUGAAGCUGAAGCAAACGUUGCCAGAGAAGAAUUAAAAAUGGCUGAACAAAAGCUGCAACGACUCAACGAAGAUUGGGAUCAGUUCAAGGAUCAGUUGAAGACGGAGUACCAAAAAAGUUUGGAUGCCGCUCACAACGUUGUCCGCGAGUUGGAACUCAAAAUUCAACGGUACGAUUUGGAAUACGUGCCGAAAGCCGACUUGGAAAGAAUCGAAGGAGAUCUCAACGAAAAACUAUCUGAAAUAGGUAAAUUGAAACGUCUCAUUUUGGAAUACGAGGAGAAAUUGCGCGGUUAUGAUGAGUACCGGAAAUUAGAACAAAAACUGAAAGAUAUGGAAGUCAUGUACCAAGAAAAUUAUGUUAAAAAAACCGAGUUAGAAAAGACCAAAGCUGAACUGGAGAACAAUUUGUCACAAAUUGAAACUUUGAAGACGUCCCUGUGUGAAUGUCGAGAAAAACUCAGAGAAACUGAGGAAAUGGACAAGGACCUGAAACAAAAACUGAACAUGAUGCACUCUCAGUGCGCCGAACUGGAAAUGCGAAAUACAAAACUGAACCACCAAGUGGCCACAUUAGAAAACGAGCUGCUGACGGUGGAGGAGAAGGAAGCCACGAUGCAACGCCAGUUCAAAGACAUUCAAACAGAAAUUGAAACGCUGCGCACCAACUUCCAGCAACAAGUGGCCUCACUGAGCGCCCAAAAAUCCAAACUGGAGGUUCGUAACUCCGAACUGGAGUAUUCAAAUGCAGAGCUCCACAAUAGACUGGCUAAAGUGCAGUCCAGGAGCGGUUACUCGGAUCGGCACAAUUUCACCAUGCCCAGUUCGUUUAUGUACGCCUCGCAAAGGCAUUUGGACGAGGAUUUAGCCGGCACAAGAGGAAACAUGCACCAGCAACAGGGUAACGACGACGUUGAACGUUUGGAGGCCAAUUCCAGUCCUGAUUUGGGCAUCGAGAGCGAUCACGGUAGAUUUUCUAGUUUGGAGGCGAACGUGCCCAGAACAGUCAUGCAAACGGUGCAAAUCACCGAGUCCAUGAACAAUUUGUUGGAUGCUGAUAACAAUAAAAUUGACGCCGCUUUGGUUUGUGCAAACGAGACGUGCGUGCAAAAACUACUGACGUUGGAAAAGGACAACCAGGAACUCCGAAGGAAGAUAUUAAGGAUGCGUCGAACGCUGGAGGAAACGGCCAAUCAAUUAGCGAGGGCGAAUCAGCGCAAGAAGCAGGUGGAGAAAUCGAUCUGCAAGCAGAUUCAUCAAACCAGUGAGGUGCUACGGAAGGCCAAGGCAAAUUUAGACUCGGGUUCCGAGAGUGAUUUUCUUAAAUAAACGUUUUCCUCUUUUUUGUGAUUGUGAUCGCAAAUGUGAAUAUUAAAUCCUUGUCAGGGCGUGUUGUUUUAUUAGAUAUGAUGCAAAUUGUGAGUUUGUGUUUGUUAAAAGUGAUGAUGAUGUGUCUGCUGUUUGAAUUGUAAAAAUAUUUUUAGGGAAUCAAAAUAUCUAGAUUUUAACUUGUUGAUUUACCAUGACUGAAUUUUUAUAUCCUGUUGUGCCAAACGUUUUAUCUGUUUUAAGGAUUUACUUAAGUAUUUGUAUAUAUUUAUAAAUAGCUAGUUUAGAUGUGUUAAACAGUUGUUCUUUCUCGUCUAUCAAAUGAAACAGUAUUGUGAUAUGACAUGUAUAUUUUUAAAUCCUGUAUAUUUGAAAUAAUACUUUUUGAUUUUUGUAUA